GUACAGAGAUCAUCAUGUCUGCUGGAACCUGUCGGAGACCUUCGCACCAAUCUGACCAAUCAGAGCACAGAGAACAAACACUGACCUGUGGAACAAAAGUAAACAAACAUCUUGAGCCAGUGAAGUAACUUUGAGUUCAGACCCUCACCAGCAGGGGGAGAUGAAGCGCUGCUUUCAGCCGAAACAGCAGAAGAGAAGAAGAAGCACCAGGAAAGCUGUGUGAUGACACAGAAUUCAGAAUAAACUUAUUAUUUCAGUAAAGAGGUGGAGUGCAUGAUGGAGGUGGAAUGUGUGGGUGGAGGAGAAGAAGCUGUCCUGCAGCUUCAUCUGCUUUGUGAUCCUUUAUCUUCCUGCACCAAGGCGGUGGGAACCGAGCUGUCCAUGGCCGACAUCUCCGACCUCCACGCUGAAGUGUGUGAGCUCAGAGAGCUGGUGUCUGUGCUGGAGGAAACGCUGCAGCGACAGAAAUCCUUAAACACGUGUGAGGAGGUGAACGGACCUACACCAGCUUUGUGCUCAGUGUGUAAAGCUGAUCUCAACACUGCAGUGGUGCAAGACUCUGCACAGAGUGUGUGUGCUGAGCGUGAGGUGUGUGAGGUCGAGUGCAUGCCACACACUCCACUGAUGACGUGUUCUGUGAAGGUGGUGGACUGUAGGACAAUGGAGCUGAUUGCGUCUGUCAGGAAAGAAGAGAAGGAGAAUGAAGAAGACGGAGAAUGGAAGACUAACUACGAGGAUAAACCUCCCCCCUGUGAGAGUGAUGGUGAAACCUGGUCUCCUUCAUCCAGAAGACAAGAUGAUGUAAGAAAACAACCGCAUGUUAACAAACUCAAACCUCGGACGAGAAAAGCUGUGAGCCACAAGUCCAGCGUUAUGGAAAGAGCCUCCGAAGUGAACGGAGAGGUGAAGGAGUCAUUAACGGAGUCUGGUGACAGGUUUAGUGAUCAGGCCGUCAGAGACAGAGCAUUCAAGUGUUUGCAGUGUGACAAAAGCUACGGUAAAGCAUCAAGCUUGCGGAACCACACGAAGAGACAUGCCAAGGAGAUGAGGUUCUGCUGUGAGGAGUGCGGGAAAGGAUUUGUGACAUCAGCCGAGCUGAAGCUGCACACGAGCCGACACACGGGGAUCAGCAGCUUCGUGUGUGAGGUGUGCGGACAAAACCUGGCUGGUUCGUCAGGACUCAAAGCACACAUGCUGACGCACAGCGAUGAGAGACCGUUCUCCUGCAGGGAGUGCGGAAAGACCUUUCGGACCAAGGGGAACCUUAAGGCCCACCUGAGGACCCACACUGGAGAGAAGCCAUACCGCUGCUCAUACUGUGAGCGUACGUUCAGUCAUGCUCCACGCGUCAAGGUUCAUGAGCGCUCACACACCAAGGAGAAGCCCUUUAAAUGCCAGACCUGUGAAAAGACCUUCUCGCGCCUGGACAGUCUCCGCUUGCACGAAAACGUCCACACUGGCAUGAAGCCGUACCAGUGCUCACACUGUGGGAAGAGCUUCAGACAGGCCAGCCACCUGCUCUGUCACGAGAGGACUCACACCGGCGAGCGGCCGUACCUCUGCUCCGACUGUGGAAAGCGCUUCUCCAGCCACGGGAUCUUCCGCAGCCACCGCCGCAUCCACACGGGCGAGCGGCCCUACCACUGCACAGCCUGCGGUAAGAGCUUCAGGAAGCAGUUCACGCUGCAACAGCACAGCAAAACGCACACCGGAGAACGACCCUACAAAUGCACACAGUGUGACAAGAGCUUCGCACGGACCUGCACGCUGAAGCAGCACCAGAGAAUGCACUCAGGGGAGAAGCCAUAUCAGUGCACAAUCUGCGGAGAGAAAUUCACCUUCCUUAGCUCGCUGCACCAACACCGGAAAAAACACGGGCAAGACGGCAUGCGGGACACUGCCAACACUCCGUCCCUCACUGCAGGGACCGCCUCAGGAUCCCAACAACAAACAUCCAUGGCCUGAAACUCCAUGAAAAAUUCAUGUUCUUCAGGGUUCUCAGUGCAAUAACUCAUCACUGCUCCACAAUUACAGUACAGGUGUGGAGUUUAGGUGUGGACUACUGGCCCUCAUCACUGAUUAGUUAACUACAGUAUAUACAUGUUAGAUGUAAUAAAACACACAGAAACUUGAAA